AUGAAUAGCGUCGAGAUCGAGAGGAGGUCGGCUAGAAUGUCGAGAUCUGUAAAAAAUGCGACGACUGCAGUCGCCGAGAGCAUCGCGACGGUCGCGUUGACCGGCGUCCCCGUCCUCCGGUCGACCCUCGCGAACCACGGCGGCAUCAUGUGGGCCCGCGCGAUGUGGUUCCAACCGACCCGCUCGAACGCCCUUGAAAAAGGCGCGUCCGGGUCGAUCUCGCCGUACGGAACCAUCAGGCAGAGCGUCGUCGCCAGCACGCAGUAUAUGACCGUCGUCAUCACCAUGGAACCGACGAGCCCGAUCGGGAUGUCACGUGGCGGGUUUUUGGUCUCCUCGGCCAGCGUCGAGACGGCGUCGAAACCGAUGUACGCGAAGAAUAGAACGGACGAGGCCUUGAAGAUGCCGCGCACGCCGUACGGGGCGAAGGGGACCGAUUAUGAUGAAGGCGAUGACAAUGACGUGGACGAUGGAGGCGACGUAGUUGAGGCGGGACGAGCCUUUCGUGCUCAGGACGGCAAGGAGGCAGAUGGCGGCGAGGACGAAGACGGCAAUCGGGUCGAGCUCGUUGUAGCCUUCGCGGAGGGAGUGGGCCACGAUGCGGAAUUCGAUGGGCCGGUGCCCGCAGAGGGUCGCGAAGUAGGAAGUCCACGCGCGGGCAACGGCGGCCCCGCCGAUUACAUACUCGAGGAGGAUGUUGCCGGCCGCGAUGAAGGCGAUGAAGUCGCCGAGCUCGACUCGGAGGUCAACAACGGAAUACAAACGGAGCCAUUACGAAUAGUGCAGAAUUUUUUUGAGAACACCGACAGCAACGCUGAUAGCCCCGAGACCACGUACGACAGCACGACGGCGGGGCCGGCGCCCUCCUUCGCCUCCUUUCCGGUGAGGACGAAUAUUCCGGCACCGAUGACGGCGCCCAUGCCAAACCAAAUCAGGUCCCACCACGUCAGCGUCCUCUUCAUCUCGUGCUCGCUGCGCGCUUUCACCUCGAGCUCCGCGUCCGCGGUAGACCGGGUCAGGACCCGGUCCGCCAGCCGAGCCGGUGUCUGCCUCAGAGCGUUGACGUAG